UAGUCUACAAAGUUUGUACCGUUAUAUCGUUAACAUUUCGCAAUAAACGUCCUGUAUAUAUUCCUGUUCUCGAGUCUGCAAAUGCAUAGUUGUGAGGGAGACACGUCGGAAGACUUACUGAACUGUACAGUUGAGGCAACAGGACUUACAACAAGAUGCAGUUCGUUGAUAUACUUCGCAGCUUUCUUAGCUUUUGCAUUAUAUUAUUAAUUGCCAUAUAUGGUGCAAACGGUGCCCGAUACGUCGGCAAAUCAGCGGCCGCUGCUGGAAAGUACAUAGAUAAAUCGCAAAACGCACAAUGCGAGGGAUGCAUGGAACUUGGCCAUCCAAGAGCACACGCAUCUGACCCAGACGCUACAGGCCCUCGAGACAGCGUAGAAAGAUAUUCCGAGUCAACAGGACAACCGAAAUCUGGCUUCCUAAGUAAAGACGACCAGAAUUUGGUGGCUCAUCAUGCUUUAAGUCAUAAUAUGAGCCAGGAUGCAAUGAAACUUUUGAACAAGGGCAAAUACACUAUGAAUGUAACAUUGGCAAAUAAUGAGUUUCCCAUUGCCUUACCGAAAAUGAAAGUGUUUUAUAAUGGUAAACCGAGUAAUAAGGCACAUGAUAUCGGGCAUGUGGUGCUUGUAUUGAAAAAUUAUGAAGGUAAACGUGGUAACAAAGAUGCCGAUGUUUUUAUCUACACAAUGUAUCCGAUGAUAGGCUCGUAUUGGUUAUUGGAUUAUGACAUUACCGUCUGA